CUUUGCCUUCCCCCAUUCAUCACCUUCCCAUUUAUAUAUACAUUCCUUACAAAUAACACAAAGAAAGAAAAAGAAAGAAAGAUAGAAAUCAUGCCUUGCACUCCUCCAAAGACCACAACUCAACACCACAGACUCACAAACAUCAUCAUCACCACCACCAACAACAACAACAACAACAAGGUGGCAGACAGAUGCACAGCACAUGCAGUGCCGGAGCCGGUGGCAAAGUACCAUGAACACACCGCAAGCUCAGGCCAGUGUUGCUCGGCGGUGGUGCAAACAGUGGCAGCUCCGGUGAACACUGUCUGGUCAGUUGUUCGCAGGUUUGAUAACCCACAAGCUUAUAAACACUUUGUCAAGAGUUGUCACCUCAUCGUCGGCAACGGAGAUGAUGUUGGGAGUCUCCGGGAGGUGAGAGUGGUCUCUGGCUUGCCGGCGGUGACGAGCAUGGAAAGGUUGGAGAUUUUGGAUGAUGAAAAACAUGUGUUUGGGUUUAGAGUGGUGGGUGGUGAACAUAGGUUGAAUAAUUACCGGUCGGUGACGACAGUGCAUGCUGCGGCGGCGCCGGCGGGUGGGACGGUGGUGGUGGAGUCGUAUGUAGUUGAUGUGCCGGCCGGGAAUACGAUGGAGGAUACUAGAGUGUUUGUGGAUACUAUUGUUAAGUGUAAUCUUCAGUCUUUGGCGAGGACGGUGGAGAGUUUGGUGAAGAGUGGUGGCGCCGGUGAGGGUGGAUUCCGGCGAGGUGGUGGAGUUUUGGCAGCUUAAUUAGGAAUUAUCAACCAAAGUUAUGU